AUGUGUGGCAAAUUAAUUUCAAUGCUUCUCUUUUCAAUCUUAAUCUCCACUAAAGGACAGCAUGAUGAUGACCGAGAUCUUCCUCUAGCACCAUACAGCUCUGAACGAGGUUCAAAAGCUGUAUUCGAAACGCUGUUUCCUCGUGGCCGUUGUCCGGAACGAUUUUAUCAAUCAGGACAAGAGUGUCUGUUUUUCUCUACUGAUGGUAAAAUGUAUUCGUGGAAUGAAGCUGAACGUAUGUGCGCUCGGCGAGUAGCUCGAAUGUUGAACAAGCACUCACAAUCGGAUUUGAACCAGCCAAAUAUGACGCCAACAAAAGGUGUUCGAGCUUUAGUCCUGAAUACACCUGAGAAAACUGAAGCUUUUCGAGCAUUAUUUCGAGAAUAUAAUGAACAAAACUAUGCUGUUCGUUUACCAUCGGAUUAUCACACAUUAUCGCGUUGUUUGGAUGGAAAAGAUGAUAAAUGGCCCCGACUUUGUACGAAUGCUCCAUAUUCGAAUUCCACCUGUUUCGAAACCGUUUCAAACGGUCCAAAUGAUCUUUGUUUACGAGAGGUAGAAUGUCGACAAAGAUACAUACGGGUUGCUUGUGAAUUCACGUUACCUGGUAGUCCUGAAUUGACAGCCUCGACGUUCCGCACUUGUCCGAAACGUGGUCGUCGAUUUUUUCGGCGCUUACCACUGUGGGCAUGGAUUUUGAUUGCACUUGGCUGUGCAUUUCUCUUAAUAGGUAUUGUUGCUGCCAUUGCUUUAUUUCUACGUAAAUCAAAACAAAACAAUUCGUCGAAGAAACGAGCCAUCCCUGAGCCACGUGAUCCACCUACUCGAGGAUCAACCAAACAAGAAGAUCCAGCAACUCAACCAAUGCUUAAACGACCUCCGCCACCACCUGUCCCCACUUCUGACUACUUGCAACCACGAUCAUCAUUGGAUACCAAUCCAAAUGCUUAG